GUGAGGUUGGGGAGGACUCCGAAUGGGUCGCAGCCGCAGCCGGUCCCCGCGGAGGGAGCGUAGGUGGUCCCGGUCCACCUCCAGAGAGAGAGAACGCAGGCGCCGAGAAAGGUCCCGGUCCCGAGAGCGAAAUCGGAGAAGAAGCCGCUCUCGAUCCCCGCACAGAAGACGUUCCAGGUCCCCAAGACGACAUAGAUCCACAUCUCCUUCCCCUUCUCGACUAAAAGAAAGAAGAGAUGAGGAGAAGAAAGAAACAAAAGAAACGAAGAGCAAAGAACGUCAGAUAACUGAGGAAGACUUGGAGGGCAAAACAGAGGAAGAAAUAGAAAUGAUGAAGUUAAUGGGAUUUGCCUCCUUUGACUCCACAAAAGGGAAAAAGGUGGAUGGCUCUGUAAAUGCCUAUGCCAUAAAUGUGUCUCAGAAGAGGAAGUAUAGGCAGUACAUGAAUCGAAAAGGUGGAUUCAACAGACCUUUGGAUUUUAUUGCAUGAGAAUUGAAAUAUUGAAGAAUGAUUUUUUUCCCCUCAUCUUGAUCAGAACAGUGGAUUUUGUAUUUUGUAUUUAAUAUGCAUCAAAAACAGGAUCACAGUCCCUCCUCCUUGUAAAGUAAGAAAGUUUUAUUUAUGAUGUGUGUAGUUCACUUACCCUGCCUCAA